AAGUUCAGUGCGUUCGGGUUACAUUAGCGUGAGUUGUUUGUUGGCAAAGUUUGGAUAACAUAUUCCCGCUGUAAAGGCUGUAAGGCAGAAAUCAUGGAGAUCGUCCUGGCGAAAAUGGUCGGCAGUUACAAUCAGUUUAUGUGGAAGAAUAGAGAUCUUCGAAGUGCCGAUUUCCCGUUGUUGAGCUCGAACUGGCAGGUUCCGGCAAUAAUUGUGGUGUAUAUGCUAACGGUUCUCAAGUUUGGACCCAGAUUUAUGGCUACACGAAAGGCUUACGAUUUAACUAAAUACAUUCGGAUGUACAAUAUAGUUCAAAUUGUGACUAAUGGUGUGCUCUUCUCGUUUCUGGUCUAUCAUCUUCUGAAGCGACCCACCAUGUCCUACGUCUGUCAGUCGGUUGACUUUUCCAAAACAACCUCGGGCUACGAAGAGCUUUACAUCUUAUACGCCUAUUUCGUCCUGAAGAUCUUGGAUCUCUCCGACACGGUAUUUUUCGUGCUCCGCAAGAAGCAAUCACAGGUGACAUUCCUUCACGUGUAUCAUCAUUCGAUAAUGGUGUUGAUCAGCUACUAUGGAACGCUAUUCGUGCCAGGAGGUCACAACUUCGUGCUAGUGCUGUGGAACUCCAUCGGACAUUCGUUGCUCUACUUGUACUACAACCUUACCACGUACAAAUCUCCGUUGGCGGCUCGGUACAAAAUAUACCUUACAAGGAUGCAGUUGGCGCAGUUCGUAUAUCUAGUGGUGCACUAUGGAAGGCCAGCUUUGACCGGGAUGGAUUGCGGUUUUCCGAAACUGUGGCACUGGACCGGAUUUACGCAGACGCUUUUCUUUUUGGGCAUGUUUCUGGAUUUCUACGUCAAAUCGUACAUUAAGAGAAAUGUAGAAAAGGAUGGAAAAAUAGAUCGCAAAGCGGACUGAAUAUA